AUGGAGUACGUUCGUCCAAUCACUCACGAAUUAUGGUAUGGAGAUAUAAAUAAUAGGUUAGGAUCACAAAUCGAGGGUUAUUUGAAUAAGGCAGGUCUGGUAAAAAGUGAAACUUGUAAAGAUGAUACCUCAAGACCAGUAAAGGGAGCUAGGGUGUUGAUUGGGCCGCAUGCAGGGUACACAUACUCUGGAGAAAGAUUAGCAGAAACAUUCAAGGUGUGGGAUACUUCGAAAGUGAAGAGGAUAUUUAUGUUGGGCCCGUCUCAUCAUGUUUAUUUUAGGAAUUCAGUAAUGGUUUCGAAGUAUGAAUUUUAUGAGACCCCUUUUGGAAAUCUUCCUGUGGAUGUUGAUACUAUUGAGAGCCUAGUUCAGUCAAAAAGUGGCAUUUUCAAAUAUAUGAGUGCGGUCGUUGACGAAGAUGAACAUUCGUUUGAAAUGCACGCUCCUUUCAUUUACUAUAUGUCAAAAGAUUUGCCUCAGGGCCUCCCCAAAAUUAUACCCAUCAUGAUAAGUGGUAUGGAUCCAAAUCUCAAUAGUGAAAUAGCCAAAGCAUUGCAGCCCUACUUCGAAAAUGAAGAAAAUCAUUUCAUUAUAAGUUCUGACUUUUGCCAUUGGGGUCCUCGUUUUGGUUACACUGAAUACCUAAAGAAUGGUGAAACCGAAAGUCCGACGGCCAAGAGCUUGAUUUCUUUGACUUCUCUGAAGCAGUUAAAAUCCGACUUUCCAAUACAUAAAUCGAUUGAGAACUUAGAUAAAGCAGCGAUGCGGAUAGCAACGGAUGGGUCCUACGAAGCUUGGAGUGACUAUAUCCAGGCUACGGGCAAUACAAUUUGUGGCCAAAAACCUGUUGGAGUAGUCUUAAAGCUAUUAGAAGAAUAUAAAAAGAAGCAGGCUACAGAUAAAGAUAUCUCAUUUAGCUGGAUUGGCUACUCUCAAAGUAACAAGGUAACAAGGAUAUCAGACAGUAGCGUGUCUUAUGCAUCCGGAUACGUCAAAUUAUAA